UUAGCCAAACUCUUUAAGAGUUCAAAAGUACAAAGCUCUUUAGGAGGCUUGCUCUUUUGAAAUAUUUUUUCAUGGGUUAAAAAUUAAAUUUCAAAAGAAUAUCUGGGGUGGAAGAAAGUUCUCAGCAGAAACACAGACCCUGAACACCUCCAACAUGAAGCUUGUUCAUAUUUUUCUGUUCCUUUUGUGCUUCUACUUAAAUUUUUGCAAGGCCACUUUAACAUCAGACUUAUCUCAAGAGGAUCUGGUGGAGAAAAAGUGUUUAGCAAAAAAAUACACACACCUCUCCUGCAAUAAGGUCUUCUGCCAGCCAUGGCAGAAGUGCAUCGACGGGACUUGCGUGUGUAAACUCCCGUAUCAGUGCCCAAAGAACGGCACUGAGGUGUGUGCGACUAACGGGAGAAAAUACCCGACAUACUGUCAUGUGAAGAGCUUGGAAUGUCUUCAACCAACGACAAAGUUCUUACACAAUGGAACGUGCAAAGCUGGAGGAAAAUUUAGUGUUUCCUUGUAUGGAAAUACAAACUCAGAGGGAAUUGUUGAAGUGAAACUUGUAGACCAAGAUACGAAGACGUUCGUAUGUGAAAGAAGCUGGAGCGUGAGGGAAGCCAACGUGGCCUGCCUGGAGCUGGGAUUUCAGCAAGGUGCUCUUGAUAUUCGAAGAAGGUUUAAUUUUCCUGAAGAAACUUAUUUAAAUUCCACUGAAUGUCUGCAUGUGCACUGUCAGGGAUUCGAGACCAGUUUGGCUGAAUGUACUUUUACUAAGAGAACAACUAAGGGCUACCAGGGUUUAGCGGGUGUGGUGUGUCACACACAGAACACAGAAUUACCAGCAGAUGAGUCCUUUCAGUGUGUAAAUGGGAAAUACAUUUCUCAGACGAAGGCCUGCGAUGGUGUCAAUGAUUGUGGAGACCAAAGUGAUGAGCUGUGCUGUAAAGGUUGCCGAGGUGACAGCUUCCUUUGCAAAUCAGGUGUUUGUAUUCCAAGCCAGUAUAGAUGCAAUGGAGAGGUGGACUGCAUUACAGGCGACGAUGAAGUUAAUUGUGAAGGAGCCAGACAUACUGCAAUACAAGGCUUUGCACCUGUGGCUCAAGAAGGAACAGAAAUUUUGACUGUUGAUAUGAAUGCAGAAAGAAAACGGAUCAAGGCAUCAUUACCGAAACUAUCGUGUGGAGUGAAGAGCAGCGUGCAGGCGCGAAGGAAGCGCGUGGUGGGAGGAACGCCGGCGCACCACGCGGAAGACUUCCCGUGGCAGGUGGGAAUUAAGGAAGCCCAGGGAAUCUCCUGUGGGGGGAUUUAUAUCGGUGGCUGUUGGAUUCUGACUGCUGCACAUUGUGUCAGAGUCAGUAAAACGCACCGUUACCAAAUCUGGACAUCGUUAUUAGACUGGAUAAAACCUAAUGCUGAGAUAAAAGUCGAAUUGGUGAAUAGAAUUAUUAUCCAUGAAAAAUACAAUGCAAGCACCUACCAAAAUGACAUAGCGUUGAUAGAAAUGAAAGGCUACCCAAACCCAAAACACUGCGAGCUGCCUAAGUCCGUGCCUGCCUGCGUGCCCUGGUCUCCAUAUCUGUUCCAACCUAACGACAGAUGCAUCGUUUCUGGCUGGGGCCGAGGAAAAGAUAACCAAAGGGUCCAUUCACUUAAGUGGGGUGCAGUUAACCUAAUUGGCAACUGCUCUAAGUUUUACCCAAAUCGCUUCUAUGAAAAAGAAAUGGAGUGUGCAGGUACAGUUGAUGGUUCCAUCGAUGCCUGUAAAGGGGACUCCGGAGGUCCCUUAGUCUGUUUGGAUGCCAACAACGUGACUUAUGUUUGGGGUGUCGUGAGUUGGGGUGAAAACUGUGGAAAACCAGAGUUCCCAGGUGUUUACACCAAAGUGGCCAAUUAUUUUGACUGGAUCGGCCACCAUGUGGGAAGAUCUCUUAUUUCUCAGUAUAAUAUAUAAAAUUGUCAUCUCCCUCUCCUUUUUUUCCUCUCAGUUAUUCCAUUUUAAUUGAAAUGAAAUUGUAUAAUUAAUACCUCUCUAAGGGCAAAAAUGAAGUAAAUCUCAUUGGAUAUUUUUAGAGGUCUCUACAAAGUGUAUGCUAUAUUGGAAUUUUGCUGCAUAAUUCUCAGAUAAAUAUUUUGGUCAAGCAUACAAAUUUUAUUUACCAGAAAGUUUGAUUAAAUUAUCUGUCAUGCAGGAGUGAGGUAUUGACUAUACUAGAGGUGUAACUAGCUGAGUGACAUUCGCCUGGGUUCACGUCCCAGCUCUACCACCUACAUUUGUCCCUGGUCAAUUCAUUUUCUUCUUUGUGCCUCAUUUCUCAUCUAUAAAAUGGAAACUGGAAUUGUGUGACAAUGAAAUUACACACUUAUGUGAAGUAUUUGGCAGGCAUAGUACCUGUCACAGGUAACAACUGGCCUCACAGCUCUUGUCCCAUUUCUCUGCUUCUUUAAGUAUUAAAAUUUCUUGAAAAUUUUA